AUGGGAAAGGGCUCUUUCAAAUAUGCCUGGGUUCUGGACAAACUGGAGGCAGAGCGUGAGCGCGGCAUCACCAUUGACAUCUCUCUUUGGAAGUUUGAGACCAGCAAGUACUACGUCACCAUCAUUGAUGCUCCAGGACACAGGGACUUCAUCAAGAACAUGAUCACUGGGCCCUUUCAAGCCGACUGUGCUGUGCUGAUCGUUGCUGCAGACGUUGGUGAGUUUGAAGCUGGCAUCUCAAAGAACGGGCAGACUCGUGAGCACGCUCUCCUUGCCUACACCCUUGGAGUGAAACAGCUGAUUGUGGGCAUCAACAAGAUGGAUUCCACUGAGCCCAACCACAGCCAGAAGUGCUACGACGAGAUUGUGAAGGAAGAGUACAUCAAGAAGAUUGGCUACAACCCUGACACUGUGGCCUUUGUGCCCAUCUCUGGCUGGAACGGAGACAACAUGCUGGAACCCAGCCCUAAUAUGACCUGGUUCAAGAGCUGGAAGAUCAACCGUAAAGAAGGUAAUGCCUCAGGCACCACACUGCUGGAGGCUCUGGAUGCCAUCCAGCCUCCCACCCGCCCCACUGACAUGCCCCUCCACCUGCCUCUGCAGGACGUCUACAAGAUUGGAGGCAUUGGGACCGUACCAGUGGGCCGAGUAGAGACAGGAGUCCUGAAACCUGCCAUGGUGGUGACCUUUGCCCCUGUCAACGUGACCAUUGAGGUCAAGUCUGUGGAGAUGCACCACGAGGCCCUGAACGAGGCGCUGCCUGGUGACAAUGUGGGCUUUAACGUCAAGAAUGUGUCUGUCAAGGAUAUUCGCCGUGGCAACAUGGCUGGAGACAGCAGGAACGACCCGCCACAGGAGGCAGCCAGCUUCACGGCUCAGGCAUGCGUCAGACUGUGGCAGUGGGAGUCAUUAAGGGCGUGGAAAAGAAAUCCACCAGCAAAGGUAAGGUCACCAAGUCAGCACAGAAGGCGCAGAAGGUCAAAUGAAUGUUGUUCUGGGCUGCUGCCCCAAACGCUCACCAUGGCCGAAGACACACUAGCACCGUGCAGCUUCUGCACACCAUAG